CAAAUUAUGGAGGUACGAGGUCACCAAGAAUCCACACAAUACUUUCCUCCUCAUAAAAAUGUGAUGAAUAAAGUCUCGCCCCAAUUCAAGGAUGCAUGAAAUUCACUGGCAUCACGUAUUUUCGGCAAGCCGUUAUCUGAUAUCCUCGCCCGGCUUGCUCCUGACCACGAUGGUGGCUCAACCGCCUCAGCAUUCAAUACUCUCUUGAAACGGCGAGCAGGUAAGAUCCUCGUACUCAUACUCCUCUUUACGCUUGCUGUGACAUUCAUAUUUUAACUCCCGCAUUACAUAAAACUUCAAUUAUUGCUGUUAUUGAGAAUCGUCAUCCAUUUACUCGCCCCCCUCCAUCUCUUCGCACAACUCCCGUCACCGAGGUUAGCUUUACCCUUACUUUCUUAUCCUACCCGGCCAUCUUUUGGCUAACAUCCUUCUCACACCUUUGCUUCCUUUUGCAGGUAGACACUGACGAUUUUGAUAUCGAGUAUAGCUUCAAUACUGCGAUGGAAUCAUCAAGGACCUCUCUCCCCGCAUCGUCUUCGCCCAUGGCUGGACUUCGACACCGAGUCCAAGAAGCAUUGAAGAUGAUGGAUCAAUUUCUUAGCAUUCCUCUGGUGACUUCCAUGAGUGACCAAACCAUAGUAUGGCCCGGCUCUGCUUGCAAGACUCUGGAGACUCUGAGCAUUAACAUUCCACCACUUAGUGCUGCUGACAUGGCGUUCCUCCGCAAAGUGGGUAAAGACCUAGUGGAACGCGUGAAAGCUGUGGAACCAGCUCUGCAAGUGGCUAAAGCAAGUACGAAAAUUAUCAUGCCACGAGCCGCACUCACUGCUCAAAUGUCGACUCUCAUCAAAGGAGUUGCACAAAUGCGACAUGAGGAAGCGACCUUGAUCGCCACUGACCCCACUCGCGCAGAGAUAGAAGCACAAGUUGAGCUGCAAGCAGCGCAAAGCUUUUUCACUCGGUUCUGCACUACUCUAUCCCGCAUUGCCCAGCAGCUCGCCAAUUACGAGUCGUCCGACUCCUAAGAGAACUUCUUUUCUGCAUUUCGGAAUUUACCUUAGAUUUUUGUUUAGGC